AGCUGGCCAUCGUGUCCUCUCACAUCCCCUGUGUGCCUUGUUGUGGCUGUUGUCUUUGCCACCCAGCAUGGAGGCGGGAGUGUGCUGGCUGACAGCAAGAAUCAAUUCGUUGAGCAGUUGAGGAAACAGCUUCACGAUUCCAUGAGGCGAGAGCGGGAUCAAGAAUUGGAGCACGUUCGUUCGGAACGGAACACCAAAAUUUCAACUUUGAGAAAGCAGUCUGAGAAGAUCUCUUCUGCAGCUAGAAAACUUGCAAAUCGGCAGCUGGAUCAAUACAACGAGAUCUUCUCGAGGGGUAGCACGGAGGAGGAUCCAACAAGGAACUUUCUUCGUGGCAACAGAAGGCGCAUGGAUGUAGGAAGGGAACAUGAAACUCCAAAGCAACUGGCGCAGCAUGUUGAGAAGCAGCUCGAAAACGAUGCAGAGGCUGUAUCUCGCAUUCUUGCUGCAAGGGGCAAGGGCAGCAGGAUCCUUGAACUGAAGAGUAUCCUGGAACAGUCCUUGAAGCGAGUCUGGGAAGCAAAACGAAAACUUGAAGAGAAGCACGCACGAGAGAUGAAAGGAUCAGGAGUGGCUCACAACACUCAGCUGUCAAGCUCGAGUGCUGUACAUGAGGUACCACUCGUUCGAACUCAGUCAGAGUGCGCUAGAAUCGUGCAAGACAACAGGGUAAGGGUUUGGCGCUUCUUCUAUCACAAAGGUUUACAUCUGUAA